AUGAGUGGACUCACUAAUUCACUCAACACCGAACUCUUACAACUUUCAAAUGAAGCACGACGUAAGCAUCCUGAAAUUAAAGAGUCUGCAGAGAGAUCUUUGAUUAUUUUACGAUCACUUAAAGAACAACCUGGCAUGGAUAUUUCACAAGAAUUGGCAAAAAAUACUGAUUUCCUUAGACCUUUUCUUCUGGCUUGCGAAACAAAGCAUGUAAAGUUAAUCACUAUUUCUAUAGGAUGUAUACACAAAUUAAUCUCACAUCAUGCAGUACCAGAGUCUUCUGUUAAAACAAUUCUCAAAACACUUAAUGACAUAAUGUCACAAGGUGUCGUUGAAAUACAACUUAAAAUUCUACAAACUGUUUCACCAUUGUUGAGUAAUUAUCAAACAUUACAUGGAGAUCUAUUGGCCGAGGCAUUGUUACUUUGCUUUCGUCUCCAAGAUUCAAAAAUACUCGUAGUUAACAAUACAGCAGCAGCUACUUUACGUCAAUUAGUAAUAAAUAUUUUUGACAAAGUUCAAGAAGAAGAUAGAAUCAAUGAAAGAGAUGGUAGAUCAGUAUAA